AUGGCCCGGGCAUGCGAGUUCUGCCGCAGACGCAAGAUCCGAUGCGACGCCUCCAAGCCAGCCUGCUCUACUUGCCGGAAUAGCAAGAGGCUGUGUGUCUACCACAAUGGACCACCCAAGCAGCGUCCUUCCACUGCGCUUAUCGACUCACUGCAGAGCGAAAAGGCAGCGCUGGAAGAUGCGCUGAGCCGGCUUAAGAGCGCAGAUGAUACCGAAAGGCGUGCUCUGCUUGACUCGGUGGUGGUGCGUAACGGCCGCAUAUCACUCUUAGACUCACGCAGCGUAUCGACACCGCAGUCACCGCGGCCGCAGUCCGCCUAUCGAACGGAAUAUGGCAUGGAACAGGAGCUCUUGGGCAGUAAUGCUGCCCGAACGAGGCAGGAUGACGGUGACGCGACAAACAGCGAUGAUACCGACCGUGGUGAUCGCGGUGUUGAGCACAAGGCCGAUAGAGCGCUGUCUCUGACGAGUAACAGCCACGCAACAAGCGAUGGAAUCUUCAGCUCAACCUCCGUGGUCCAUGUUAGUAGCUCGAUGACCAGCCCCGAGCGACCCGCAGUAUCUAAAGAGUCGCUACGGUACCAGCUGAUUGCCAACGCUGCAAUGGAGAGGCAGCGUGAGCACCGUCUGCGUAGGUUGACCGUUAUAAGAGGAAUACCGGCAGACCUGGCGCUUCACCUACUCGAUCUUCACUGGAGCAGGCAGCAUCACACCUUCCUUCUGACGUAUCGACCUGCCUUUAUGCGAGAACUCGAGCGUGGGGGGCGAUACUGCUCUGACCUCUUGCUGUAUGCUGUCUUUGCGUGUGCAUCCAAGUUCUCCGAGCGGCCUGAGGUACGCAGUAACCCGAUAGACCCGGAAACAGCGGGACAGCAGUUCUUCAGCCGUUGCCACGAGCUCUUGUUGGUUAAGGGAUUGAUGACCCAAUCGAGUAUACCGACUGUCAUCGCGAUGGUCAUGCUCGGGUCCACACUGAUUGCAAGAGGAAUGGCGUCCAAGGGCUGGUUAUAUACCGGUUACGCUAUGCGUAUGGUUUACGACCUGGGCCUGCAUUACGAUUCACAAGAGCCGAACGAGCAUAACGUCGAGGAGAUUGAGAUCCGGCGGCGGGUCUUCUGGGGAGCGUUUGUCUGCGAGAAGCUGCAAAGUCUGUACCUUGGGCGGCCACCUACAAUCAGACUCCAGGAUGUUCGUGUGUCACAGGACUUUAUGGAUACGUUCGAGGAGCUGGAGCCGUGGGAGCCCUAUAAUGAAGCGAUCACGGAUACAACUACUAACAAAGCAGCGUCUUCUCCGGCGCCGUUGGCGCAUUCGAUGACUACCUUCCAGCAGCUCUGUCUGCUUUCCCAACUUAUGACCCAGAUCAUUGACAAGAUCUAUUAUGUCGGAGCCACGGCUUCAAAAACAAUAGAUCAGAUAGGGGCCCUUGACGAUGCCCUCACAGCCUGGUACUGCGGGCUGCCAGCCCACCUGGCUUAUGAGCCCUGGACGAAGGACCCCUUAGAGCCCCCGGUCAUAGUUGCACCAAACCGUAUCAUCCUUCUGACAACCUACCACUCGCUCACUGUGCUAUUGCACCGGCCGUUUAUCACAGCGCUCAGCAGCACAAGCAAUCACAACUCCGCUGACACAAUCGGAACCCCUGCUUUCUCCUGGAAGCGGUGCACAGCAGCGGCACGGCAUAUCACCAGUCUCGCCCUCAGCUAUCAAUCCAUCUACCCAUUGCGCAAGUCCAGCUACUUGCUCAGCUACGCUGUUUACGUCGCGUGCACAGUCCAUGUGCUCAACACUGCUUCGCUUUCAGCGGCGGAGAGCGACAGCAAUGCACACGCGGAAUCGUCUUACCUACUCAGCGCAAGCCUGAGGUGCCUAGAUGCAUUGGCAGUCCCAAACUCUGGGGCUGCCGAUACAGCGCGGAUAAUUCGCAAGUUAAUGACCGCCAAGGGCGUACAGGAAUCGCCAACGCACUCGGAGGUCCAGGCGUCGACCUUUCACCGGAACCUCGAUAAUUGUUGGCAGUUCCCCAGUGACUCCCCGACGUAUGACGAUAUUGGACAGAUGCAGCCCUUCCAGGAUAUUUUCAUUCCCGGCCAGGACCUCUUGUUCGGGUUCAUGAACGAUAACAUGCACCUUGCGGCAUUUGAUAUGAAUGACACAACCUUCUAA